GCGGCGUGGGCGUGCCCAGCCUAACCCCACUCACUGUUGGUAGCACAACUAGCGCUGUUUUGAUUUCUGUUCUUCACAAUGAUGUCGUAUUGACGUGUUGUUUUUUGUUAUGUAAUGGCGUUAUUAUUAAACGCAGACCGCGGAGCCCGUGCGGAAGAUUAGAGGAGAUUUGACGUGAUGGAUGUCCAGUGGCGUGGCUGACGCGCGUGACACAUGCGCGUCCACCGCGGCUCAGCGCUGUUCUAAUCGCUCGUAAAGCCAUAUAAUCACGUUAAUCGGCAACCCAGUGAAGUUUUCGCGAAGCAUUAAUGUUGUCGACAGUCACCCCUGAUCUGUCUCCAGAGACCCCCCCACUCGGAUCCCUUCCAAUCCCUGCGCCUCGACCCCAAGCAGCGACCGCUGCCCUCCCCACGGCCCCCCUACCACGUCCUCACAGAAAGCACAGUGAAGCAGGGCACGGCAGCCAGUCGGCACGCGGGGGCAUGGAGGUGGGCAUGCGCGUGGUCCGCGGCGUGGACUGGAAGUGGGCUAACCAGGAUGAUGGCGAGGGCCACGUGGGCACGGUGGUGGAAAUCGGGCGUCAGGGCAGCACCACCACGCCUGACAAAACCGUGGUGGUGCAGUGGGACUGCGGAACUCGCACGAAUUAUCGGACAGGCUACCAGGGUGCCUACGACCUACUUCUGUAUGAUAACGCACAGAUAGGUGUACGACAUUCAAAUAUCAUUUGUGACAGCUGUAAGAAGCACGGCAUUAUGGGAAUGCGCUGGAAGUGUAAGGUGUGCUUUGACUACGACCUGUGUACUCAGUGUUACAUGAACAACAAGCAUGACCUGACACACGCCUUUGAGCGCUAUGAGACGGCACAUUCACAACCAGUGAACCUAACGCCAAGACAGAACCUGUCCCGAAUCAUUCUGAAAGGAAUCUUCCAGGGUGUGAAGGUGGUCCGGGGACCUGACUGGGACUGGGGUAACCAAGAUGGAGGUGAGGGAAAGGUUGGGAAGGUGGUGGAUAUCCGCGGAUGGGAUCAGGAAUCAGGUCGCAGCGUGGCUAGCGUUACCUGGUCCAACGGAACCACAAACGUCUACAGAAUGGGUCACAAAGGGAAGGUGGAUCUCAAAUACGUCUCUGAUGUUCAAGGAGGAUUUUACUACAAAGAACAUCUGCCCAAAUUAGGUGAGCAUGCGGAGCUCCAGCGGCAGGAAAGUGCAGACAGUCACUCAUUUCAGCAGGGUGAUAAGGUGAAAUGCCUGCUGGAGGUGGACAUCCUCAGACAGAUGCAGGAGGGACACGGAGGCUGGAACCCCAAAAUGGCAGAGUACAUCUCCAGAAUCGGCACAGUGCACAGGAUAACAGACCGUGGAGAUGUCCGGGUGCAGUACAGUAACAACAUCCGCUGGACCUUCCACCCUGGAGCUCUUACUAAGGUCAAUAGUUUUGCAGUAGGCGAGCUGGUGAAGGUUCUUGAUGACAUCGAGUGCGUGAAGAGGCUACAGGUCGGACAUGGAGAGUGGACAGACAGCAUGGCUCCAGCUUUGGGUCAGGUUGGGAAAGUGUUGAAGGUGUAUGCAGACGGAGACCUUCGCGUGGCUUUCGGAGGACAGACGUGGACCUUUAACCCUGCAUGUCUAUCCUCUCAGUCUGGGGAGGUCGAUGCCAAUCUGAUGACUGCGGACAACUCCAGCGAAUCAGGAAGUACGGUCAUUUCAGUGCUAGAGAAGCUUCUCUCUCAGUCGACAGAGCAGGACCACCCGGGCCGACUGGUCAUCGAGGCAGCUCAUGGAAGGGCAGUUAAAGUGCGGGAACUGGUUCAGAAAUACCCGGACAAGGUGGAUAUAAAGAAUCAGGGUAAAACCGCCCUGCAGGUGGCUGCCCAUCAGGGCCAUGUGGAAGUGGUGAAGGUUCUCCUGCAGGCCAACAGCAGCAUUGAAGCUAAAGAUGAGGACGGAGACGCCGCGCUACACUACACAGCCUUUGGGAAUCAAGCCGAGAUCGCACGUUUGCUGCUCAGUAAAGGAGCGAGUGUGAAUCUGCUCAAUAACUCCAUGUGUACGGCCCUGCACAUCGCUGUGAAUAAAGGCUUUACAGAUGUCGUGAGAGUGUUGACGGAGCACUCGGCAGACGUCAACCUGCAGGAUUCAUAUGGAGAUACUCCCUUACAUGACGCCAUAGCUAAAGACUUCAGGAGCAUCAUUGAGAUUCUCACCGCGGUGCCCAACAUUGAUCUAACCCAACAGAACAACCGUGGCUUUAACCUGCUGCAUCACGCCGCACUGAAGGGCAACAAACUAGCGACUGAGAUGAUCUUGGCUCGAGCGAGACAGCUAGCUGACGUGAAGAAAGAAGAUGGUUUCUCUGCGCUGCAUCUGGCUGCUUUGAACAACCAUCGUGAUGUAGCUGAGAUACUCCUGAAAGAGGGUCGCUGUGACAUCAACAUCCGUAACAACCGCAACCAGACGCCUCUCCAGCUGGCCGUGACUCAGGGUCACGUGGCUCUAGUGACCCUCCUGGUGACAGAGGGAGCGGACGUCAAUGCGGAGGAUGAGGACGGAGACACCGCCAUGCACACGGCUCUCAGCCGACAGCAGCUGACCACCGUCAUGAGCAGUUCUGAGGGCGAGGGCGAGGUGCUCUACAGCAGGUUGUGUAGCUCAGGGCUGAUGGGAAACACAGAACUGAAUGUCGGUGCUGCUAUUGCCUGCUUUCUGGCACAGGAAGGGGCCGAUAUUAAUUAUGCCAACCAUAAAGGUAAAAGCCCGCUAGACCUGGUGACAGACAGCAGCAUACAACAACUCAUCCGGAGCUUCGCAGAGAAACACAGACUUCAAGCCGUCACGUCCGGCACUGGGACGAGCAGCAGCAGUCUCAGGCGAGUUCACACCACACCCAACACCAUGACCAACCUGGCCAUGCCCAGCGCCACGGGUCCCAGCGAGUGCCUCAUCUGUUCGGAGCUUGCUCUGCUCGUGCUGUUCUCUCCGUGUCAACACAGCGUCGCCUGCGAGGAGUGUGCUCACAGAAUGAAGAAAUGUAUUCGGUGUCAGGUGACAAUAACGAAGAAAAUACGUCAAGAUCAAACCGAGGUGGAGUGCAGUCCCAGCUCGGAAAACUCCGAGCAGCACAACCUGCUGGAGCAGCUGCAGUCGCGCUACAGGCAGAUGGAGGAGCGCAUAACGUGUCCCAUCUGCAUCGACAACCACAUCAAGCUGGUGUUCCAGUGCGGCCACGCCUCCUGCAUCGACUGCAGCUCCGCCCUCAAAACCUGCCCCAUCUGCCGACAGACCAUCCGCGAAAGGAUCCAGCUGUUCGUCUGAGGAACGCCAACAGCCUUUUUCUCGUAGUGGUCGCGUAGCUGUUCUUCAAACGGAGUGAAAGCGGUUGCCUGUUUGCGCUUCAUAGUCUGUCGAGCAUCAUCAUUUAGACGCAGUGCUGGAUGUGUGGCCCUCUCAUGCCGGACCACGGGACAUGAGCGGAUGCCAAACGGUGAACCAAUGAGAACAUGUGCUUGUCUGUGUGUGUGUGUCAUGUGAUGCGUCACUGGGGUUGUCAUCCACUGGUACCGGAAAUUUGAUGGAAGAGAAUUUCUACACGUUUCUGGAUUUGUCAGAUGUGUUUCUUCGCACGUCCUGGUGGUGCGAUGAGAUGAGAGGCGUUGGUUCGUUCAUAUACGAUCACCAGAUAUACUCCAUGCUGCUGAGCUUAAAUGAUACAAUACCAUUCAAAGACACAGCAUGUGCGCUUCGGACAUACGGCGAGCUGUGACGCAAAAAGAUGCUCUUUUAGGUUGAUCUCACAAAACCUGAACAGAAGGAGCAUGUCCGGAUUAUAUUUCACUCUAAAAACAACAGGAAAAAAUAAGACAAAUUAUAUUUUGCAUAGAGAAAAUGAAGCCUGUUUUUUUUACCACCAUGAAAAAAUAUCAUCACUGCAAUGUGAGCGUUUCAAUUGUAAAAUAUUUAUCAUCAUAUAGUAUUUAUUGUAUUGAUUUAUUAAAUGAUAAUAAAAUAGGUCACAUUGCGAAAAAUAGACAUGCAAAAUAUAAUGUCUUAUUUUUCUCAUUUUCUUUCGGAGGGAUCCAGAGAUAGCUGCUUCCUCCUAACUAAAAUCUCAAACAUUCUGAGACCAUCUAAAAGUACAGUCCACCGUGUCUAUUCCGUUGUGGUUCAGGGGUUUAUUAGUGAGAGGGUGAUAUUGUACAGCUGCCUGUACCAUAUGCCUGUACCGCGUCACUCGGAGAUCUAGAAGCUUUCCACAAGCAAGACGUAUACAUAAUGCAUGCUGGCGAGCGUAUUAUCUAUGUCAUAUAUUGUGUCAUGGAAACCAUGUGUAGUGUUAUAAGUACAGACGUUGUGUAAUUUCUACCCACGUGUGUGUGCAAGGAUCUGGUAGAGAGACCCCUUUCGAGACCCUCAAUAGUAAUCUAGUAAAUUAACCCACAUGCAAGUUUCCUGCAUAAUGGCUAAAAGCCUUUUCAUUCUACUGUGAACUACGCAAUGAAUCACAGUUUACAGACUUAAACUUGACCACAUUUAUAUGCAGUAUUUGUUAAAGGGAUACUUCACCCAAAAAUGAAGAUUCUGUCAUCAUUUACUCACCUUCGAGUUGUUCCAAAUCUGUAUAAAUGUCUUUGUUCUGAUGAACACAGAGAAAGAUAUUUGGAAGAAUGCUUAUAAUAACCAAUCAGAUUUUGCCCCCAUUGACUCCCAUAGUAGGAAAAAAUACAAUGGUAGUCAAAAGUGCCCCAGGACUGUUUUCUGUCCUACAUUCUUCAAAAUGUCUUUUGUGUUCAACAGAAGAAAUAAAAAAUGAUAAAGUAAUUUUUCCUACUAUGGGAGUCAAUGGGGGACAAAAUCUGAUAGGUUAUUAUAAGCAUUCUUCCAAAUAUCU